CCACUCCCUCUUUCUCAUCUCACUCCCUCUCUCAAUCCCUCUCCCCCUCAGCCAAACAUUGAUCCCUGUGUGCCACUUCAAUACGUUAAUUAACUCCCCUGUGUGUGUGGAGGCAGGGAUAGAGUGAGCAAUAAGCUACACCUCAUGCAGAGGUGUCAUUUACCAGGAUCAAUGGCCCCUCCUCUCUCCCCAUUACCUGCUUUCUGAUGUCCCAUCUGUAUAUUAAACCAAACUUCAUUAACUUACCUUCACCGAACCUGCACUCUCAAAAUCGUUAAGCUAAACAAAACUUGUUUUUGGCAUAAGAAGCCUCUCAUUUCCCAGUGCACCUCAUUUUCUUAAUAAACUUCGCUAGGUCAGCGUCAGCGAUUAGCAUACACAUCUGGGUCGGGAAUUGGAAUAUACGGACACAGCAAUUUUAUAUGCUGCUAUUCAGCAUGUUAAUGGCAAGCAUUACACAGAUGGACAUUUUAAUAACAUGUAAGAGUAAAGAGAUAGAACAAUGAGACAUAGUCUGUUUAAAAUGCACCCGCGAGUAUUAAUCAUUUAGACACAUCUCCCCUUAUUGUGAAUAAAUAAUGUGUAAAGCUAGAAUAUGAAUCCGGGGUUGAAGGUGAUUGGAGGUGGGUAGUGAGUGAGAAGGGUGAACUUGAGUCACAUCACCCUUCUCGUCAGAGCUCUGCCAUUAUUAUUGUGUGUGUGUGUGUGUGUGUGUGUGUGUGCGUGUGCGUGCGUGUGCGUGUAUGUGUGUGUGCAUGCGCGUGUGUGUGUGUGUGUGUGUGCACGUGCGUGCGUGCGUGUGUGCGUGCGCAUGCGUGCACGUGUGUGUGCGUGCGCGUGUGUGUAGCUUGACAUUUAUAUAAGUCAAUGGUGUGACCUUGGUGUGAAUAACAGGAGCGAAAUAUAAAUGUUGAUUAAAGCCAGUGUGUCAGGUCAGCUUUUAUAGGAAUGGUUUCCACAAACUCAUCAUUAGAAAAGCCUCCCUGUUGUGUAGGCAACACUUUCCUGAGAAUUGAAAAUGGCUGUGGUAGUUUUCCACAGACCUCACUGACUGUAGCUAUGAGCAUGAUUUAAUCAUAUCGGUGAACGUUAUUGACUGGAAACUCAAUCAAAUGUCUUGCAUGGCCGGGAUCAUAAUUUCUAAGCAUAAAUAGAUCAUAAACUCCAGCUUUACAUAAGAUAAUUAAACGAUAGACCAACAGUUUAAAUUAGGUUACGUUAGCAGAGACACAGUUACUGUACAUAGGAAACAAUGAAGUCUGGAUCCAAGUUCAAACACAUAUUGUAGAUAUGCCACUUCCGUUCUGCUUCCUGUUGACAGUCUAUGUGUCUAUAUUUAAACAGUGUGAUAUAAAAUACUCCAAUACCCAACUGCCAAAAACCUCUUGAGCCAUUAUUGGACAUAACCGUCUUCGGAAAGACCAUCGUCUGCUGGUUUUCCAAACCCUAUUGACACAUGGAAUACAUACAGUCAGUGAGCAGUUGGCAUGAACCCAGCUGUGCCAUUGCUAACAUUCUAUUUAUACCCUAGGGUCCAGGGGCCAUUUUAGAAGAGCCUUGUCUAUUCUUAGUUUGUGUCUCGGUCAUUAUGUGAAUGGAUUCUGCUUCUCCACACUGAGACAAAGCAGGCACCAUGCUGACCAGCAUUACAGAUGGGAUCCUGUGCUGUCUGACUGGGAAGGCUGCCAGCCUGGUGAUGCCCGUCGACUCUUCUGAGCCAGCGGACACCUUCGAGUUUGUAGAAGUGAAGCCUGGGAGAGUCCUCAGGGUUCGCCACAUCAUGCCCGAGCGCCGGGCACCAGUAGUGACGGAGGAGGACCAAGUAAAGGAGUCAGAGCAGGAGAAGGGCAGUGGAAACAGCAACAACAGUAGCAGUGUGCACUGCAAGCGCAAGAUCACUGUCUACCGCAACGGCCAGCUAGUCAUUGAGAACCUUGGUGACGUCCUGCACUCUGAGAUUGUCCAGUGCCAGAAUGGAGACCUGGAGCCCUGCAGCACCGUGGAGGUGGAACUGGCCGACUAUAAGGAAGUGCCCACAUCUCCUGAACCCAAACCCGCGCCUCCCCUGUCCAUGGUCGGGGAGCAGAAACCCGCGCCCCCGCCUCGCCGGCGCCGCCGAAAGCCCAAGCGCAUGGUGAUGAUUGACUCGGAGAGGGAGAUCUCCAGCUGCAAGGGGACGCACUCGGACGUGGCGCUCUUUUUCGUGCACGGGGUCGGCGGCUCGCUGGACAUCUGGGGCAGCCAGCUGGACUUCUUCUCGCGGCUAGGGUAUGAGAUCAUCGCACCUGACCUGGCGGGCCACGGGGCCAGCACGGCCCCCCACAUUGCGGCGGCCUACACCUUUUACGCCUUGGCCGAAGACAUGCGUGCCAUCUUCAAGAAAUACGCCCGUAAACGCAACAUCCUCAUUGGGCACUCCUAUGGGGUAUCGUUCUGUACCUUCCUGGCCCAUGAGUAUCCAGACCAGGUUCACAAGGUAGUGAUGAUCAAUGGAGGGGGGCCCACAGCUCUGGAGCCCAGCCUCUGUUCCAUCUUCCAGCUGCCUUCUUGUGUGCUGCACUGCCUGUCUCCCUGCCUGGCCUGGAGCUUUCUCAAGGCUGGGUUUGCCCAUCAGGGAGCCAAAGAGAAGCAGCUGCUGAAGCAGGGCAAUGCCUUCAACGUGAAUCCAUUCGUGCUGCGUGCCAUGAUGAGCGGGCAGUACUGGCCCGAGGGGGAUGAGGUGUACCACGCUGAGCUAACUGUGCCCAUCCUGUUGGUGCACGGCAUGUACGACAAGUUUGUGCCCAUUGAUGAGGACCAACGCAUGGCCGAGAUCCUUCUGUUUGCUUUUCUGAAAGUCAUUGAGGAGGGCAGUCACAUGGUGAUGAUGGAGUGCCCUGACACAGUCAACACCCUCCUGCAUGAGUUUUUCCUAUGGGAGCCCGACAUGUCCAAAAAGAACGCCGCCAAGACUGAUCCUGACAAGACUGUCAUAGUCAAUGGUGUUGUCGCCCAGACACCAAAACCAAACAAGCCCAUGGACAAAUAACCAGUAAUGAGUCUCAUUUUACAUGAGCAAACCCAAUCCGAGGGCCUGUCUUUGGCAGGUGGCACGUGGUCUUAAGGCUGCUCGCAGGCUGAGAGCUGUUAUUAACUGGGCCAGAGUUUGUUGUGGAAGUGGAGGGGAGGCACCUGGUGCUCCAAGCUAGAGUUGGCAUUUGAAUAGGACUGUGGUAAGAAAAAUGAAGAAAAGGAUGGAAAGAAGAGGAAUCUGACAGAGAUGCGUGUUUCUCUUUCCCCUUUGACAGCUGUCUGUGCUUCCUCAUGUGGUGUAUGUAAUCAGACAGACCUCGGGUCCAGAGGAUGUUAGUAAAACACAAUAUCCAUUUGUAAUUCUCUCGAGUACCAAACUUGGUUGGUGAGUGGACCAUUGUGAACCAAAGCGAGGAAGGCAUGACCAUUAAAUGGUGUGUGGAUCGCCUUGCUACCUAUCAUCCAUUAUCUUGUGAGUAAUAUUUCACUGCUGAUUGGUGUCCUGACGAAAUGAUGAUCUUAUAAAACUGGGUCCAUAUUAUGGAUUCACUUCAAAGCGGAAAAUAAUUCACUUGGAAAACUGUGAAACUAUCCAGACAAUAUGGCAGGUAGCCUCGUGGUUAGAGGGUUGGGCCAGUAACUGAAAGGUUGCUAGGUCAAAUCCCCGAGCUGACAAGGUAAAAAUCUGUCAUUCUACCCCUGAACAAGGCAGAUAGCCCAUUGUUCCCCGGUAGGCCGUCAUUGAAAAUAAGAAUGUGUUCUUAAUUGACUUGCCUAGUUAAAUAAAGGUUAAAUAAAUGUUUUCAAAAAAAUGACAAUUAAAAAAUACAAGUCAAUGAGUGACUGGUGUAUUAUGGGAGUAAGAUUUGUCAUGCCACAUUGCGAUCCAGUUUGCAUGAGGUCAUCAUCAUGGUAAUCAUCCCCUACUAAGCAGGUUAUAGACUAAAGUGUUGACUGGAUGGAAGUGGUGGAUGGAUUGGUAAUUGUUAUGGCAACAAGUUACUACAAGACAUACACCACACACCUAAACAAAUGGGCCCUACAAGUUCAACAACCUCAUAAAAUAUAAUCAAGCCAAAGUAAAGCUGUUAAAACAUGUCCUUAAGCAAACUAAAUAUCUGUCAGUUGCAGUCAGAAUCUGUCUGUGCAUUCAUACACACCUGCAGUCUAGGAUACAGGUUCGCUUUUGAAACAUAGUGAUUCAUCUAUACCCAACAUGGAGCAUUUUGCCUCAAGAACAUUUUGCGGUGUUAUCUGAUAUUAUGCAUUUAGAAACCUAUGCUUACUCUGUGUCUACGUUAUGAAUUAUCUAACCGAACUGGACUAUUUGAAGUUGCUGCAUGAAUAGGCUUUUAAGAUAUUAGAGAAUUUUCUUGUCAAUAUACAGUUGAGAAAUCCAAAAACCUCCCCUGUCCUCUGAGUGUAUAAUCUAAGCGGCAUUAUGGACAGAGGAGAAGUUGGACCAAAGCUUUGGUGAUAGGCAAACCAAAUAAUGUAAGAGUAGUCCAUAACAAUUAUUUUUAAAUACUGAUGCUAGUUAUUCAAAUAACAAUAGGGCAACUCAUUUUGCCUCUGAAUUUGAUAUAACACCAUUAUGAAUGAUGUUGUUCUUCUGUCUACCAGAUAGUAUAGCAAAGCAUUGUCCUCCACUACCCUCCAGUCAAUCUGUUGGUGCUUGCAAUGUCAAAGGUCGUCCAUGAUAAUAAGCUAAAGGACAGAAGUUUUCAGGUGCUCAUUUGUGAACGUUUUCUUGUCUCAUAAUGAGAGUGUGUGAUUUGAUCUGUGAUUAAGAAGUAGGAAGCACAGUAACACAUGUAUCUGAUUCAAUCUCUCCGACUGUUAACAUGCUUUACUCACAUAUGCAUUAUCCUGAGAAAGGAGCAGAGAUGAUUAUGCAAUUUCUAAGGAGAUGAGUUAUGAACUGUACAGAACGAUAAUGCAUAAGUAAUGGAAACAAGUAGGUUGAGGAACAAAUGAGUUUGAAUUGGCUGUUGAAAAGAAGAUGUAUUCAUGUAGACUGUCAAAAAUACCAUGAAGUGCUGCUGAUCCAGUAUGCUUAGGCACUGUAUAGAUUGUUCCGACAGCUAUAUGGAUUGAAGGACGCACAUUUGCUUCCUCCGCUUAAUGUCUAAAAAGAACAGUCUCUCCUAUCCAGUGUGCUAUCAUUAGUGGUUCAAAAUGUGUAAAUGUCAUUAAUGCAUUUAUUCCAAGACAUCAGAACUCAUGCACUGCCUGAAUGUAGGUGCAUAUACAGUUCAGAUAUAUGGACAUGUUCAGUUGAGUGUAUGAAUGUGCCUUUCCUGGCAUGAAAUAAAACAAAUGUUU